AUGGAUUCUCAAAGUCUUUUCAACGUCAAGGGCAAGGUGGUGCUGGUCACCGGCGGAGCCAAGGGCAUCGGUCGCAUGAUCUCAGAAGGCUAUGUGACAAACGGCGCUACGGUCUAUAUUUCAUCUCGGGACGCAAAGGCCUGUGAGCAAGCAGCCAGCGAGCUCAAUGCUCUAGGCAAGGGCAAGGCCCACGCCAUCCCGGCCAAUUUCUACAAAUAUGAAGACGUGAAGAAGCUAGCCGAGGAGCUAGGCAAGCGCGAGAGCAAACUCCAUGUCCUGGUCAACAACUCUGGCUCGAAUUGGGGUGCCCCGUACGACGAAUAUCCCUCCGAAGCCUUCACCCGAGUUCUCACUCUCAACCUGCACCGUGUCUUUGAUCUCACUCAGCUAGUGACACCAUUGCUUGAGAAGGCCUCCGCGCCCAAUGAUCCCGCCCGCAUUAUCAACAUUGGCAGCAUUGACGGACUUCGUGUUCCCUCGCUCGAGACAUUCGCUUAUAGUUCCAGCAAGGCCGGUCUACACCACCUCAGUCGCGUCCUUGCCAAUCAUCUCGGCAAGCGUAACGUCACCUCGAAUACCCUGGCCUGUGGUCCCUUCGAGAGUAAGAUGAUGGCCGCCACACUCAAGUCUUUCGGCGAGUCUAUCAAGGCUGGUGUGCCAUUGGGCCGUAUUGGAACACCGCAGGAUGUUGCAGGGGCUUGCUUGUUCUUGAGUAGCCGUGCCGGAGCGUAUAUUAAUGGCGCGACUAUUCCGGUUGAUGGCGGUAGCGCUAUUGCCGCCAAGCUGUAG